AUGGCUUUCUCUAACUGCCACCAGCACGUUAAUGGCGUGUCGAACUCUCACUACGAUGCCAUCGUCAUUGGUGCUGGCAUGAGUGGUAUAAGAAUGUUGCAUGACCUCAAAAAAAGAGGCAUCGAUGGUAAAUGCUUCGAGGCUGGCUCAGGCAUUGGCGGAACUUGGUACUGGAACCGUUAUCCUGGAGCAAGAGCGGAUAGUGAAAGCUGGGUGUACAUACUCACAUUUCUGGAGGAAAUUGGUAUGGACUACAAAUGGAAAGAGCGCUUUCCCACUCAGCCAGAACUUGAGCGUUAUCUCAAUGAAGUGGUAGACUAUCUAAAACUCCGUGACAACUUUGUGCUCAAUACUCGCAUUGGCUCGGCGCAUUAUGACGACUCGAAGAAUAUUUGGCAUGUAACCACAUCCAAAGGCGAAAAACAUACAUGCGACUUUCUUAUUACUGCAGCUGGUCCUCUGUCGACCCCGCUGAAGCCGCCCUUCCGAGGCCUCGAUAGCUUCAAAGGGGAGUACUAUCAAACAGCACUUUGGCCAGACAAGAAGGUGGACUUUACUGGUAAAAGAGUUGGCAUCUUCGGCACCGGAGCGACUGGCGUGCAACUGGUUCCAUUGAUCGCCCAUGCCGCCAAAAAGCUCACCGUCUUCCAACGAACGCCCAAUUAUGUGCUUCCUGGGAGAAACUUCGUUUUCUCCGAAGGCCAAGAACGCGAGCUCAAGCAAGAUUUCAAUGGGAUAGCUAAACGUGUUAGGGCGCAGCCAUUUGGUGGAGACAUGGGAUCAACGACCAGAACCUUCCUGAAUGUGAAGGACAAAGAAGCCCUCAAUCAAGCUUUCGAUUAUGGAUGGGAGCAAGGAGGAUUUAGAUAUAUCUUCGAGACUGUCAACGACAUGCUGACCAAUGUGGACUGUAAUGAAGCAGCCAGCGAAUUUCUACGGAAAAAGAUUCGAGCUCUUGUCCAUGACCCUGUUACGGCCGAGACGUUGUGCCCAUACUAUCCGCUCAUGUCGAAGCGGCCACCUCUAGGACAUUUCUACUAUGAGGCAUUCAACCGGCCCAACGUCGAGCUCGUGGAUAUCAAGAAGGACCCGGUCGAGGAAAUCACCCCGACUGGCCUGCGAACUCUUGCAAGAGAGUUUGAGUUGGACAUCAUCAUUUUCGCAAUAGGCUUUGACGCAGUAACCGGCACGCUGGACUCAAUCGACAUACGUGGGAACAAGGGUAAACCCUUGAAGGCUCAUCUAGAGUCCAACCUCGCCACCGCCUACGGCAUUACCACUGCUGGAUUUCCCAACCUCUUCAUGGUAUUGGGGCCUCAGUCUGUGUGGGCCAAUCUCCCCGUUGUCAUCGACAACACCGUCGACUGGAUCGGCAAAACAAUGUCUCACAUGCGCGAGAGCGGCCACAAGCGCAUUGACACGAAGACUGAGCUUACCGAGAAAUGGAAGGAGGAAGUGGACAAACAAUUCUGGGGCACGCUGUUAGGGCAAGGUGCGAGAGCCACCGGAGCGUGGCACGUCGGCGGCAACGUGGAGGGCAAGCCUCUCCGUUGUUAUUGGUAUUUUGGUGGUGUCCCGGCCUAUAUCGAACAUUGUGACCAGGAAAUCGAGUCUGGCUAUCCCGGAUUCAUCUUUUCGAAUCCAAUUGAAGCACACUAG